UCUUUACCGGCAUUUCAGCAGCACUGCCGCUCUGGUUUUUAGUCGGCAGUUGGACCAUAGUGUAGUUUAUUUAUCUUUUCAUUUAACCUACUUGUUUACAAUAUGCCAGGAUAUGCCGACAGAGACCGUGGCAGGGACCGUGACAGAGACAGAGACAGAGGCUAUGGCGGUGGUCCUCCUCGCUUUGGUGGCAACCGUGGUGGUGGUGGCGGCGGCGGAGGGAAGUUUGGCAAUCCCGGCGAUCGGCUGCGGAAGAAACAUUGGAACCUGGACGAGCUCCCCAAGUUUGAGAAGAACUUUUAUCAGCAGCAUCCUGAUGUUGCCCGGAGGAGUCUGCAAGAAGUUGAACAGUACAGGAGGUCCAAAACAAUUACAGUGAAGGGGAGAGAGUGCCCAAAUCCAAUUCAGAAGUUCCACGAGGCCAGCUUUCCAUCCUAUGUAAUGGAUGUGAUUAACAAAAUGAACUGGACUGAACCAACACCCAUUCAGGCUCAGGGCUGGCCUCUGGCUCUCGGGGGCAAUGAUAUGGUUGGCAUUGCACAGACAGGCUCUGGCAAAACACUUUCUUAUCUUUUGCCUGCAAUCGUCCACAUCAACCACCAGCCUUUCCUGGAACGUGGAGAUGGUCCUAUUUGCUUGGUGCUGGCCCCAACCCGUGAGCUAGCACAGCAGGUGCAACAGGUGGCUGCAGAAUAUGGCAGAGCUUCUCGCCUCAAGUCCACCUGUAUCUACGGAGGAGCACCCAAGGGGCCCCAGAUCCGUGACCUUGAAAGAGGUGUGGAGAUCUGCAUCGCCACCCCAGGCAGGCUCAUUGAUUUCCUUGAGGCAGGAAAGACAAACCUCCGUCGCUGCACUUAUCUUGUACUGGAUGAGGCUGACAGAAUGCUGGACAUGGGUUUUGAACCACAGAUCAGGAAAAUUGUCGACCAAAUCAGACCCGACCGGCAGACUCUGAUGUGGAGUGCCACUUGGCCCAAAGAGGUUCGGCAACUGGCUGAGGACUUCCUGAAGGACUACGUGCAGAUCAAUGUUGGUGCUCUGCAGCUCAGCGCCAACCACAACAUCCUACAGAUAGUGGAUGUCUGCAACGAUGGCGAAAAGGAGAACAAACUCAUCCGUCUGCUUGAGGAAAUCAUGAGUGAAAAGGAGAACAAGACCAUCAUCUUUGUAGAGACAAAGAGGCGGUGUGAUGACCUCACCAGGAGGAUGAGGAGGGAUGGGUGGCCCGCUAUGGGAAUCCAUGGAGAUAAAAGCCAGCAGGAAAGAGACUGGGUACUCAAUGAGUUCAAAUACGGAAAGGCUCCGAUUCUCAUUGCUACAGAUGUCGCCUCCAGGGGUCUAGAUGUGGAAGACGUGAAAUUUGUCAUCAACUUUGACUACCCCAACAACUCUGAGGACUAUAUCCAUCGCAUUGGCAGAACGGCACGUAGCCAAAAGACAGGCACGGCCUAUACCUUCUUCACUCCAAACAACAUGAGGCAGGCCAGCGACCUCAUCUCUGUGCUCCGCGAGGCCAACCAGGCAAUCAACCCCAAGCUCCUCCAAAUGGGGGAAGUCAGAGGAGGGCGUUCAAGGGGCGGCAGAGGUGGUGACUACAGAGAUGACCGCCGGGAUAGGUAUUCUUCGGGAAGACGUGACUUUGGCAAUUUUAGGGACCGGGAUAGCAGUAGAGGUUUUGACGGACCAAAUAAAGCCUUUGGCGCAAAUUCACAGAACGGAGGCUAUGGGAGCAGUAACAGCGGCUCCAAUGGCUUCAGCGGUGGCAGCUACAAUGGUAAUGGACAGUCCAACUUUAACAGCCAAACAGGAUCCUUCGGAGCCCAAAACAACUUCCAGGCCCCGCAGUUCGCCCCCAAUAAGGGUGGCGCACAGAAUGGCGCAAGUCAUCCCCCUUUCCCCUUCCCCCAGGCACAGGCUCCGCAGCAUCCUCCCCCACCGCUGGUGCCCUACCCCAUGCCUCCUCAGUUCACUCAGUAAAUACACAAACACUUGAAAGAAGUAAUUUAUUGCUUUUUUGACUUGUUUUAAGUUCUAUACUUAAUCUAGAUUUUUUUUUUUUUUUUGUAUUUACACAACAGGGUUACAAACAACUUCAACCUCUAUCAAGCCUUUUAAGAUCUGCAGUGCAGCAAUAGUGAUGUUGUACACUCGUUUUCCUAUUAUUACUAUUUAAUUUGUUACAUUCCUCUGUAAUGUUUAGUUAUGUUUUGUACUAGGUAAUUACAAAUGUAUUGAUUUUUCAUGUGUAUCAUUGAAAGUGAUGUUCAGCUCCUACCCUGGAAGUGCACUGCAUGAUCUUUCAAAUAAAACUUUAAAAAAGGC